AGAGCAAAUGUAUACAUGUUGAUAAUAUGCUUGCAAAAAAAAAUAAAAUCUUGAUUACUCUUGAUUAAAUUCUCUCUGAUAAACAACAUACAUAAUUGUAUGAACCCACACACCCAGUUUAAGUUCCAAAGUACAAUUUUAAUAAUAAUAAAAUAAAAACUUAUAGUCUGAUGUAUUUUUCUCUUGUGGUUACGAACAAGUUAUUUACAAGUAUACCUGUUUCGAAAAUGAAUUGACCUCGUAACUGUAGAUUCAGACUUUAACCUGGCUGACCUCAAAACAUAAACAAUUUUUUUUUCUUCCAUCAAUUUAUAUGAAAAAAAAAAAAUCAAUAAUAGAGAGUGUAUAAUCAUUAAAAAACUUUAUCAGCAAAUUUAUUUAUUAUCAGUGUAUUGGAGAGAAUAAGAAAAAAAAUAAUUAAUAAUCUGUCAAUAUAUAAAUAAAUAGAGCAGUGGAGGGAGCCACUGCUGAUAACAAAAAAGUGCUAGACAAGGAGAAGAGGUGCAGGUUGUACUUGUGAACAUCAUCAAAACAAGCAAGACAGACAAUUGCUCAACUCUUUUUUUUUUAUUUUGCAUAAAAUAUACACCGGCAAAGUAGGUUGUCAUUGGUUGUCAUGUCCCACCUACAACAUUGUCUUGUCAAGGCCAACAACAUCAACUUCAUUAAGUCAUCAUUAACUAGACAUUUUUCCACAAAUAAUAUCAGAAUUUUAUUCAAAUCAUCAUCAAUACUUGCACAUUCAACAAACAGUCAUUUAACAAGACAGACAUUUGCAAGGAACUUUGCUCUUUCAUCAAUUACAAUGGCUAAAAUAAAGGCAGGACCAGUUGUUGAUAUUUUGGGUGAUGAAAUGACCCGAAUAAUUUGGGAUUCAAUAAAAGAAAAAUUAAUUUUACCCCAUUUGGACAUUGAACUUCAUACAUAUGAUUUAGGAAUGGAACAUCGUGAUGCAACAUCUGAUCAAGUAACAGUUGAUUGUGCUGAAGCAAUUAAAAAAUAUAAUGUUGGUAUUAAAUGUGCAACAAUAACACCAGAUGAAAAAAGAGUUGAAGAAUUUAAAUUGAAACAAAUGUGGAAAAGUCCAAAUGGUACAAUUCGUAAUAUACUUGGUGGUACUGUAUUUCGUGAAGCAAUUAUUUGUAAAAAUAUACCAAGAUUAGUAAGUGGUUGGAAUCAGCCAAUAAUUAUUGGACGUCAUGCAUAUGGUGAUCAAUAUAAAGCAACUGAUUUUAUUGUACCUGGUCCAGGUAAAUUGGAAAUAUCAUGGAGUGGUAAUGAUGGUAAUAAAAUUAAACAUACUGUAUUUGAAUAUAAAGGACCAGGUGUUGCACAAGCACAAUUUAAUAUUGAUGAAAGUAUUCAAGAUUUUGCUCACAGCUCAUUUAAAUAUGCAUUGAAUAGAAAAUAUCCAUUAUAUUUAUCAACUAAAAAUACAAUUCUAAAAAAAUAUGAUGGUAGAUUUAAGGAUAUAUUUCAAGAAAUUUAUGAUAAACAAUAUAAAGCAAAAUAUGAUGAAGCUGGUAUUUGGUAUGAGCAUCGUCUUAUUGAUGAUAUGGUUGCAUAUGCUAUGAAAUCAGAUGGUGGUUUUGUAUGGGCAUGUAAAAAUUAUGAUGGUGAUGUACAAUCAGAUUCAGUUGCACAAGGUUUUGGAUCACUUGGUCUUAUGACAUCAGUACUAUUAUGUCCAGAUGGUAAAACUGUUGAAGCUGAAGCUGCUCAUGGUACUGUUACACGUCAUUAUCGUCAAUAUCAACAAGGAAAAGAAACAUCAACAAAUCCAAUUGCAUCAAUAUUUGCAUGGACACGUGGUUUAUUACAUCGUGCUAAACUUGAUAAUAAUGAUAAACUUAAAAAUUUUGCUGAAACUUUAGAAAAAGUUUGUAUUGAUACUAUUGAAGCUGGUUCAAUGACUAAAGAUUUGGCAAUUUGUAUCAAAGGAAUGAACAAUGUCAAGAGAAGUGAUUAUCUUGAAACAUUUGAAUUUAUGAAUAAACUUGGUGAUAAUUUAAAUAAAGCACUUGGUAAAUAAAUAAUAAUAAUAAUGAAAAAAAGAAAUUUCGAUUUUUUUCGAAUAAUCUACUUAUAAGAAAUAUACCUAUAAAUUAUUAUUGAUAUAUUCUUUUCUUUUGGCAUUUAUAAUAAUAUGUAAAACAUUUAAUAUUUCUUUCUAAAUAAAAAUUUUUUUUCGUACUUUAAUUUGUAGUUUUAAUAUUUAUUAUUAAAAAAAAAUUUAUUGAAAGUCAUUGGAUGUAAUAAAAUUUUAUACAUGUAUAAUGUAUAUUGUAUAAUUAAAA